AUGCCGGUCAACCCUUCGCUUCGAGGCAUCGCCCUGAUGAAAGAAGAGGAGGCUUCCGUUGUGGAGUAUUUCAAGACGACGUUUGUCAAGCGGAAGUUUCACAACCUGGAGGAAUUUCUCGACCCGGGAUAUGUCGCGCACGUGCCUGCUGGUGCAUCAAGUACGACGACUUCGAACGCCGGAGGAGGUUCACCUCCUGGGACCAUAAGCAAGUUCAACGAGUUGACCGGGAUCGCACCGGGGGAGACGCUGUUCAACUUACUCACCAAAGCGACAGAGAAAUUCGUAGUGGAAGAACAGGCUAGCGGCCAUGAUUCAACCUCAGCUUCGGAAGUCGUGACCACAGUCACCGACGUGGUGUUCUUUCCGUUGUGCGACGAAACGGAUGUGAAGAUCGUCAGUGAAUCAGAUACCUGGAGGAAAAAGGUCGACCAGUUCAACGCAGUGCAUGCGAAAUUUACGGGCAAGCCAGAACCCGACCCGUGGGACGCUCUUGACGUGAAGGACUGGCUUUGUAAAUCCCGCGUGCGGCUCAGCAACGGGGACGUGCAUAGCAAAUUGUGGCUCUUUUCUCCCAUCUCCGGACGCAUGAUGGCCAGUUGGCCGGCGACGAUUGAUGAGUCUUAAGGCUAACGCUGCAAAGUAGAUGCGUAAAGUUUUGUCUUGACCUUCAUCAUCUGCCGCAGAGACUAGCAUGCUGCUGGCCACCAUGAUGUAGUACCAGGAUGAGCUUCAAAGGUCUGGCCCUGGUAGUUCUUUUUUCUGAUACACCUACCUUCGUGAAGAUGAACGAUGUCGUAAUACUAGACAAAGGAUCACUCUUCACUACGUCGAAGAUCCUGACACAAAAAGAGAUACUAUGGCCGCAAUCACGAUCACGGAGCAGUGCGGUUUUGCCUCUGGCCUGUUCCAGUGGCUUUGGUAGAUCUGGCUCUUAAGAAGUCGCAG